GGGGAGGAUUAACUUUGAGAUGCUUUUAAUUUACAUUCUACUUUGUGUAUUGGUCGUUCAGGCUGAAUUUGAGAAUGAGAAAGAGCUUAUAAAACUUCUGAAGACCCAUGAUAGAGGACAGUCCAGCCAAUCAAAAAGUCAAUGGCAGUUUAAACAAGUGAAAGAAAAAGAUGAUAAAAUUGGAAAAAAGAAAAUUGUCUGGAGAGGUUGGGAAAAGUUACAGAAACCUGGAAAGUGGCAUAAAAAUAUGAUAAAAGAAUGGUAUGACCACCCCCAUAGCCAAGAUGACGCAAUAGCCGAUCUCCUGCAGACGAUGGUUGUAUUCGAUAAAAACGGAAAACCGCAUAUGCCCAAUGGAAUACACCCUUCAAAGAAGAAAUCAGCAAUUGCAGAAAAAUUUGAUGGGCAUAUUUAUCCUCAGGAUAAGAAGAACAAGUCAACGUCAGAGGAUAAGAGGAACUUUGCAGAGCGUUAUGUAAAGCUGUGGGACUAUGGUUAUAUACCAUACUAUAUUGACUCAAAAUUUACUACACGGCAACGACAGAUAGUGAACCAGGCGAUCAGGGAAUUUUCACAGAAGACAUGUAUACGCCUUGUCCCUGGUGCCUCCGCUGAUUGGUCAUCUCUUCCACACAAGGAUUAUAUUUAUUUCACCUACGGAAAAGCAUGCAGUUCCGCUGUAGGUAGAACAGGAAAUGGGGAGCAGCGGAUAGGACUGAAUGCUUCGUAUUGUUUUACGCAAAGGACAGUUAUCCAUGAAAUUAUGCAUGCACUCGGCCAACUUCAUGAACAACAGCGCAAAGAUAGAGAUGAUCACGUGAUCAUGCACUGGGAUCAAAUAGAAGAAGGGAGACAAAACCAAAAUAUGGAGAGGCUCUCCUUAGGCUCCCACGACAGGACGCCUUAUGACGUCACAUCUAUUUUACAAUACGGAUUAACAGCAUUUACAAAAACAGGAUUAAGGACGAUGACUUUGAAGGACAAAAAAUUAGAAGGCUUGGUAAAAUCGUCAGAAGGUCUGACACAUUUAGACGUGAAGGAAAUCACUCUUGCAUACCAGUGUUCAUCUAAAUGUGUCAACAAACCAUCUUGCCUCAAUGGCGGAUUUGUUGGUAAGAACUGCGAUUGUGAGUGUCCUGAUGGUCUAACCGGAACUAUCUGCCAAGGAGUCGAGUCUGAUGCAGGUUGUGGUGGAAUUUUGAAUCUGAACUCAAACGGAUACAGGGAUUUGAAGUCAAUCAACUAUCCUAAUGCUUAUCCUGUUGACAAAGAGUGUACCAUUUUGAUAACGGCGCCAAAAGGAUCAAAAAUAAAACUUGAAGUGAUGAACAAUGAACUGAAUCUGAGAAGAUCUGCAAGUAAUUACUGUUACCAUUGGAUUGAAGUUCGCUACACGUCAACAGAAAUCAAUGGUCCCAAGUUUUGCAAUCCUUUCAGCCCUAUUGUAUCAGAAGGCAAUCAAAUGAUGAUACGAUUCAAUAGUAGAUUUUCCAAGGAUUAUCUUCCUUACAGUGGCCAAAAAUUCUUUUUAAGGGCGAGCACAGGUGGAGGUUCACCAUCAACCUUCAAUAGAGCCUGCAAUUUCGAUAGUUCCAAUACCUGCUGGAUGAUACAAACACGACUACAGGAGAGUCUGAAUAAAUGGUGGUUGGAUCCCCCAAGUGGAGCUAGAAAUACCCCUGGUUAUGCGUAUAUCGAUACUGUAACAACAUUUUCAUUGGCUACACCAAGGAAUACAUUUACUGAUGGAGACUACUGCCUUAAGUUCAGUUAUUAUAUGAAGGGUUCGUCGGUUUUCAUCGGUCUUUACGACACUAAAUGGAUCUGGCAUUCUAACACACCCUCGGAGGGAUAUUGGAUGGCGGUAACCGGAAAUUACAGAGCGUCUGCUUCAUCUGUUCUGCAAAUAUAUGGUGCUCUAAAUUCCACCGGAAUGAUAGCGGUAGAUGAAGUAGAGAUAAAGAGUGGAAGAUGUUAAAACCACAACAGACUUCAAAAACACCAUAAGCUUGCACAUGACCAGUGUCAGUCUUCUCGUUAAAGUUAUUUUGUAAAGUAUCUGUAUAUUGAGGACAAUCUGUAUACCAAGAGUUGUCUUUUCUUUAACUGUUUAUUUUUUAUGAGAAAUCUAUUUAUUUAGGAUCGCAUGUAAAAAAAAUGUAUUCCCUUUCAUUUUAUUUCUGUGAAGUAUUUAUUUACGAUGGUAUGCACAAAGAAGUUGUCAUUCCUUUAAAGUUUGAAGAAUCUCAGUCAAUGUUCUAAGUCUCGAAUAAUAAUAAUUAUAAUAAUAUAAUAUAUAAUAUAAUAAUUUAUAUAUGCAUUAGCCGAACAUUGUAAUGGUAAAAAUGUUGCUUUGAAAGAUUAAAUAAAUAAAUGGACACUAAA